AUGGCCUCAAUCGCUGCUCAUAUUGGAAAAUCGCGGUAUUCGGAAACUUGGGGAGAUAAUUUUUAUGAAACGUUGAGUAAAGAUUUUGUUUCUACUUUUGAGGAUGAUUUAGAUGAAUGGAAAAAUGACGAUUCAGCUUACUUGAUAGAGUAUGAAUGGUUUGAAGCCUAUAAAGAUUUUUUAAACGGAGAAAGCCGUCAUCCUGGUCCGAUAGAUCAAAAAAAAUUACUAGAUAAAAAUCACCAGCUUUUGCCUGGACUUGAGGAAUCAAUUGAUUAUACGAUCAUAUCUUCCUCUGUUUGGCACAAGCUAGCACAAUGGUUUGGAGUCCAUGGACUACCAAUUGAGAGAAAAGUUAUACUCGUUGGACCGGAACAAAAUCCGCAACCAUUUGUGAAUGUAUACCCUAUUGUUUUUUAUACAACUUUUAUUUAUUCUGAUUCCAUAGAUAAAGAGCUCUCAUUUCUUCCCCCAACUAGUCAUCAAGGUCCCUAUAAAUUUCAUUUCUCAAAGACUCAGACUCUUAAAAAUUUGAUAGAGUUUAUUCGUGUUAAUUUCAAUAUACCAGUUUCCACAAAAUAUCGUCUUUGGCAUAAUGCACGAUUAUUGCCGUCUGGUCGAUUUAUACCAAUAUCCGAUGCGAGAAGUCUUAGAGAAACCAUUCUGUUGGAUGACUUCGCUGAUUGCAUGACAAUGUUUGAGAUGAAUUUGGAGAAAGGUUGUCUUGUAGUUGAAGUUUUAAACGCUCAAGUUCAAGGAUGGCUGAUGGAUUCGCCUCAAGUAAUUAAUACGAAGAACAUGCUUGUUCGUGGAUAUUGUGGAAUGAAUAACAUUGGAAACACUUGCUAUAUGAAUUCUGCUCUUCAAUGCUUAUUCCAUACUCGGGAGCUCUCUGAAUACUUUCUUUACGAUCGGCAUAAAGAGGAAAUUAAUUUCGCUAAUCCUUUGGGAAUGAAAGGAAAAGUCGCUCUUGCUUAUGCUAAUCUUAUAAAGCAAGCUAAUAAAAACGGUAUUUUCGGACCCUCAAUUUCUCCUCAUACACUGAAAUACAUCAUUAGUGAAUUUAAUUCAUCUUUCGCCGGUUAUAGCCAAAAUGAUUCUCAAGAAUUUAUUGCUUUUUUUCUUGACGGCUUACACGAAGAUCUUAAUAGAGUUAUUGAUAAGCCCUAUUUUGAUAGACCAGACUUGUACACUGAAAAUCGAGCACAGGUUCAAAAAGUGGGAGACGAAUGCUGGAAGAUGUAUGCCAAAAGAAAUGACUCAGUUGUCGUUGAGUUAUUUCAAGGAAUGUAUAAAAGUACACUACGGUGUUCGGCAUGCGAUUUGAAGUCUGUGGUUUUUGAUCCGUUCAUGUACCUCACUUUGCCGCUUCCAACGGUAACAAAAUGGAGGCAUACAGUUAAUUUUGUCCCUAUGUCAGAAAACGUUUCACCUGUAAAGUUCACCAUUGAGAUUCCUUCCGAUUACACUGUUCAGGAAGCUCAAUGCUAUGCUAUAUUGCGCUUGCAACAGCUGGGCUACCGCACAGAGUCAGUGAAAGCAAUGGAUAUAUACGAUGGGAAAGUUUACAAAUGUUUAGAGGAACAUAGAAAAAUUUCAAAGAUGAUUCAUUCUUACGAUCGCUUGUUCAUGUAUGAAACAAUGAGGGAGAAGAUAGUUACGCCCGUUGUCCAUUGCAAAAGCCUUCCUCAAAUGCCAGGGUCAUUUCAACGGUGUGACCCUUUUGGAUAUCCACUACAACUUUCUUUUUCGGAAAAUUAUGUUACUAAAAAGGAAUUAUACAACAGAAUCAACAAAUUAUACCGCACAUAUACCGACAUUUCUAUAACCCCCAAUAUGUUUCAAAUUUAUGUACAGACUCUUCCGUUUGGCUUAGACGUGUGGAAUAGAUUGAAAGACUACGAGAACUAUGAAUAUACCCCAGUGGAUGAAGAAGGAGUUUAUUUAAGCAAACAGACCAUUAUCAUGUGUAUAUGGAACGAAGAUAAUCAGAGAAAGGUAUUUGUUAAAAACAAUUGGUAUUUUGAUGGGCAACAAUACCAUUUAAAUUCUAUUACGUUGCAAGACUGUCUUGAAGAAUUUUCUCGGCCUGAGCAACUUUCAUUAGAAGAUUCAUGGUAUUGUCCAUCGUGUAAGGAUUUUCGGGCAGCCACCAAACAAAUGGAAAUUUGGAAGUUACCAAGGAAUUUAAUUAUACAUUUGAAUCGUUUUAGUUGUACAGGCCGCAUACGGAGACUUCGGAAAAGGAGAGACUAUGUAAGUUUUCCUACGGUGGCUUUAGACAUGAAACCUUACAUUAGUCCAUUAAGGGAGCUAAAGGAGAAAGAAACCGAAAGCAGAUCCCAUACUUACGAAUUGUACGCGAUUGACAAUCAUCACGGAUACAUGAUUAACAGCCACUAUACUUCGUAUGUGAAGGACAUAUCGAGUGGCAGUUUUUUAAAUUACGAUGAUGCGUAUGUUGAAAAAAUUGAAGACGAAGCUAUCAUCACGGCUGCAGCAUAUGUGCUUUUCUUCCAGGAAAAAUAA